CGCAGCUAGGGGCAGCCAAAGCUUGGAAUCAUCGGACAUGGCCUCGCCGGUGUUGGACGAGCCGGCCGCGGGCGCCACCAGCAUGGCCAAGCAGCGCACGAUCCGCCUCAUGGUCUUGGGCGACGAGAAGGUCGGCAAGUCGUCGCUCAUCUCGGCGCUCGUCUCGCAGCACUCGAGCGAGCACGUGCCCCGCGUGCUCCACGACAUUGUUAUCCCAACCGAAGAUACACGCGAGAACGUCGUCAUCUCGCUCCACGACACGAGCUCCAACUCGAACGACGUCAUGGAAGUCAUCAAGACCAUCAACCGCAGCGACGCUGCUAUCGUGGUCUACGACGUCAGCCGACCCAUCUCGUCCCAGCGGCUAAGCUAUUGGCUCGACUUGCUCAAGGUGACCAAGGUCAUGCCCGUGGUUCUCGUUGGCAACAAGUGCGACCUCCUGCCUGGCGGCUCGGAGAUGUCCCGUGUCCAGUCGGUCUUGCGCAACUACAAGUUUAUCGUGCACAGCUUGGAGUGCUCGGCCAAGUCGCUCGUGAACGUCAAGAAGACGUUUGGUCUUGCGCAGAAGGCUGUCUUGUAUCCGAUGGGUCCGCUCUACGAUGCGGAGAAGAAGCAACUGCAACCGACGUUUGUCCAAGUCCUCAAGCGCAUCUUUCGACUCUUUGACGAAGACCGCGAUGGCAUGAUCAACCGCGAGGAGCUCAACCGCUACCAGGCGACGUUCUUCCGAGCGCGCAUGAAGCAAGAAGAAAUCGACAUCCUACUCGACCUGGUCCAGCUCGUCAAGCCCGACGGCGUAGCGAUGGACAAGAUGGGCAUCUACCUCGCAGGUUUCGUGUACCUCUCGGAGCUCGCGAUCGAGAAGAACAAGCCCGAGCACUGCUGGCAGGUGCUGCGGUCGCUCGGCUACUCGGACGACCUCGCGCUCGACAUUCCGUCCGACUAUGUCGAGAUCCCGCGCGAGGGCCACGAGUACCCAAUGGUGGAUCUGAGCCCCACGGCGUGCCUCUUUCUUAAGAACGUCUUUGAGCAAUUCGCCGCCAAGGACCACACGCUGCACUGGGCGUCCCUCCAGACCAUUUUCGAGAUUGUGCCCGCCGAGAAGCAGCCGCAGUGGUUCCUCAAGUCGACGCCCGCCACAACAACGCUCGAGCUAUCGACCUGGAUGGCGCUCUGGAGUCUCGAGAUGGCGAUUUUCCCGAAAGAAACGCUGAUUCAGCUCUUCUACCUUGGAUUUAGCCACAAAGCUCCCGUGGCCGUCGAAGUACGAUCCGUGGCCCGCCGACUGAGCGCCAAGAAGACAAUUCGCUGCCUUCUCUUUGGCGCCCCGCGCGCUGGCAAGACCACGAUUGUCAACAAGCUCGUGCAGCUGCCGUUUGAGAGCCCCGGGUAUCUCAUGGAGACGGAUGGCGACGGCGACGAGAGCGAUGACACGAACGGGGCGCGUGUCCGACCCAUGGACGUCUAUCCGUUCCUGCUCCACAACGUGCACGUGGUCAACGACAAGGAGACGACUGGCGAAAAGUACCUCAUCAUGUCGGAGGUGUCGGAAGCCAAUGUCUCGCCGCGCAUGGUGUCGCAAAUCGCGCGCGAGAUCCACGUCGAUAUUGUGUGCUACGUCUUUGACGGCAACGACGCCGACUCGAUCGACUACCUCCUCUCGGUCGAGAAGCACAUACCAGACUCGAUCCCCGUCAUGUUUGUCUGCACCAAGUCCGACCUCAUGGAGGCCACGCUCACGUCCUCGAUCGCAUGGGACAAGGCGCUCGCCCACUGCGCGUCGCUCGAGCUCUUUGCGCCACUGAGCGUCUCGGACAAGACCUUGCAGGGCCUCCAGGGCGACCACUCGCUCUACUCGCUCCUUGUCCACCGUGCGCUGCACCCGCAAGGAGCGCUGCCCUUCUCCGCCCACAAACGCCAGGCCAAGCGGCGGAAGCGCUGGAUCAUUGGCGGUUGCGCUGUGACAGUCUCGCUCCUCGCGGUCGCGGGCGCCGUCUACUACAAGGAGAAGCUCGAGGCGUACGUGCCAUACCUCCCGCUCUGGCUUCAGAAGCCGCUCACACUUCUCCCAUCCACGGCCAAGUAGCGCUCUUUUGUCAUUUGCAAUGCAUUGUUUUGGCGCCGCGCA